AUGAGCUCGCAUGAUUUGUAUGAAGGUGAUGAAAUAAAUGCAAGAUUGGCUAAUUCAGAAGCUGAUGAUAUUCUUCAUGAUGCAAUAAAAGUCAAGGCAUUUAAUCGUGAAGAAGUCAUUAGGAUCCUGCCUACCGGGAGCAAAGCACAGCUCAUGGCAACUUUCAACCGCUACAGAGAUGACCAAGGUCCCCUUUCAAAACAGCAUGAGUCAGCGCUGUCCUCAUCUUUGACCUCCAUCAAUGAAGGUGUUUCUCCAUUAAGAGUUCAAUCAUCACCUUCCAUCUGA